CUACAAAAAAAAAUUAAAAAAGCGAAGUCCAAACGUGCGGCCGGCGAGUUUAGUACCUCUGCCUGGGAAUUGGCCUUUCGUUUUGGACAGAGCACAACAAUACAUGGCGUAAAUCGGUUGUUUAGCCGUAGAGCCGGAAAAUAUGAGCGUUUCGUUUGGUUCUUGACCGUCAUGAUGGCCUUACUUGGCGCCGUCUACGUCAGUCACUUACUCUCCGAACGCUUCACUGAGGGCAGACUGGAGACUGUGGUCGAUAGCACGCGUAAACCCGUUUAUCAUAUCCCAUUUCCAGUGGUGGCCGUUUCUAAUGCGAAUUCACUCAAUUGGGAACGUUUUGAAGAAGCCAAAACGCGUUUUCUGCAACCCAACGAAACACCAGAAAAUCAGCAAAUCUUCGAACUCAUAGUCGCCAGUUAUGAUACUGUAAAAUUUGCAGAGUUUGAAAGUUUCAGUAAAUUGCAAAAUGUGUCUGUCGAGCAGCUAAAUUAUGUUAACUUCAGUCAAGUGGUUGAGUUCAUGACGUGGCGUUGUGAAGAGCUUUUAAGUCAAUGCUUCUGGAAUCGCUUCUCUAUGAGCUGUUGUGAUAUAUUCUCACUGCGACGCAGUAAAAAUGGCUUGUGUUGGGCUUUCAAUACACUGGAAACGGAAGCUGGACGUGAAAAGCAAAAAACCGAUGUACUAUGGCCUUGGCAUACUGGUGCUGCGGGUCCGGGUAGUGGUUUGAAGGUGCGCGUACAUUUAAAUCCGGAAAAACACUAUCCGAAAAGUAACAGCGAAAAGGGUGUGCUGGUUAUGAUUGCGGAGCCGAGUGUAUGGCAUCAAGACGCUUUGAACAUACCAGCAAAUACUCGCACAAUGAUCGAAGUGGAGCCUGUCACCUACUACUAUGACAAUAACACGCGUGGAUUGGGCUCGAAGUUGAGGGAGUGCAUUUUCGAUGAUGAAAAUAACAGCAAGAACUUUCGCACGCUCCAGGGUUACGUUUAUAUGAUUGAAAAUUGCCAAUCAGAGUGUCAUCAACAGUACUUGGUGAAAUAUUGUAAUUGCACAAUGGAUUUGCUAUUUCCACCUGGUCCGUAUCCCACUUGCAAGGCAAAGGAUUUGCUGUGUUUAGCGCAGAAUAACGAACGUUUUAUGUAUUCUCACAGUGAGGAAGAGGAGAAGUAUGUACACAACUAUCAUGAUGGCAUGGUUUGUGAGUGCUUUCGCAAUUGUUAUUCGCUAAAUUAUUUGGCGGAUGCACGUGCCUCAUUUCUACCGUCGGAAACGCGCGGCAAUCUGUCAUAUGUUGAUUUAGAUGUGCAUUUCCGUUUCGAAACGAUGAUGGUCUAUCGCACAAGUUUGAUAUUCGGUUGGGUGGACUUAAUGGUCGCCUUUGGUGGCAUUGCUGGACUCUUCCUUGGCUGUUCGCUGAUCAGUACAAUGGAAUUGGCAUACUUUUUGCUAGUUGAUCUGCCCACAUUUUUGCUUCAGAAAUAUCGCAAUAAUAAGUGUAAAUCACAACAUGCAUCUGCACCAAUUCAAUUGAAAAAUAAUAUCAAGCAAAUACAUCAGCUGAAUAUGAAAAAUCAACUCAUUCAACCGCAAAGCUACGAAAGUCUCUUCUAUAAUAGCAAAAUGAGUCGAAAUUUGCCACAAAUUGCCGAUUGGCAGACUCAGCACAUAGCGAAGAUAAGUUAUUAG